AUGCCAUCAUUCAAUCAGGCCAUAAAUUUACCAUCAGCAACUCGGACAUCACUUCUCACGUUAACAAAACGAACACUUAUUGGAAUUGACAUCCUAGUACUUGUUGUUCCUUCAAUAGUUUUUGCAAUUUGGUCCUCAAUUUUAUUAUACGAUACUAUCAAGAUUGAUAAUUCUCUAUUGAUUAAAAAUUCAAAGAAUUAUUCGGAUCCAUUUUCAGUUAUUAUUGAUGAAAAUAAUAAUUCAUCAAGUAUUUUUAAUUCUACAGCUGUUUUUGCUAAUCAAGACACUGGCAGUUAUGUUCCAUUGAUUUUUCAAUGUUUGACAUUUUCGAUUUUGUUUGGAUUGACUAUAGCUGAUUGGUUGAAUGUUUUGAUUGUGAGUUUUGGAGGUGAAAUUUGUGAAAGAUUUGCAUUGUGGAGAUGGAAACAGAAAAAGAUAAAGGAAAAUCCAUCACUAGUAUUUUCAGAAGAGACAAAUGAGAGGGCAGAGAUGGAGGAUGCUGCAACAGAUGCCAACAUUCCACCAAUUAAUGAACAUUGGAUUGAUGAGGAUGAUACCUGUGAAAUGGCUCAAACUACUUGUUUGGCUCAUGGUGGUUUCAUUAUUGUGAAAUGGAUCAUUAUGGGAGGUAUCAUUUUGGGUCUCUUUUCUUGGUUUACCUAUGAAUUAUUGACGACCAAUAAUAGAUUGAAAGGUGGCAAGAGUAUUCUCUCUGGACAUGAUAACAAUACCAUAAUUGGAAACCCUGCAGUUGGUUCACUUGAUUCAACCUCUGCCUAUUGGAUCAAUUCUCAAUUGGCAACACCACUCAACACCACCACCAACACAACCAUGGAUGCUUGUGCUACCUUAUUUUUCACACCAGUUGGAACCAAAAGUGGCUCUUCCUUUCUAAUGCAACGUUCCAAAAUCUCUUCCUUUGGAGAUUCUGUUUUCAUUUACAUGUUGGUGAGAUGGUUAAUCUUUGGUUUGUCUCUCCUCAUUUCAAUUUCUGUUAGUAUCCUUGUUGCUUGCUUUGGGUGUUGCACCUGUUUCUCUGAGAAGAAUAACAAGAAACGAAAAUCAAAUAGAAUUGGAGAAAAUGUAAUCUAUCGACCUCUUUCCACUCUAUCCGAUGAAGAAGACGAUUAA